UUCUUCUUUUGAUAAAAAUUUUGUUCUUUUCUUCCUGGGUUUUGCUCAAAUUAUCUCUUUUCUUUUUCUGAAACUAUAAAUUUUGGAAAUAAAUAAUGACCAUACAACCACAAAGCACACAGUCACACACUUUUUACUAUUUUUCGUUUGGGGGCGUUUAGUCUUGGGAAGAUGCUUUAUAAAAGACACUUACCUUCUGUCAUCUCAUUUGUUUUGUAGUAAUCACUUGGCAUGUGUCUUUUUGCAGGUUAUUUACUCACUUUUGUUUACGUUUUUAUAUCAAGACUAUUAAAAUUUAAGGUUUAUCUUUAUAAUUUUCUUUUUCUCUUUUUUAUGUUCUUAAAACUCCUAUUUGAGUUCCAUCACUUUAUAUGGUUCUUUCUCGGUCUCAAGACUUAGACACGACUCUGUAAGGAGCAAGAUAGCGAUGGACCACUAAACCUAAGGAGUGUGUGAUUAAUUUAUGAAGUGAAUGGUUGAGAAUUUGAGAGUGACAAAUUAGUAAAAUGUGUUUCUUCUUCUUUUUCUGUGUUUUCCUCUGAUUGGUUCAACAUAAAGCAACUUUCAAGCUUUCUGUGUCAGUUCAAUACUUUCAUGUGAUCAUAGUUGCUAUUCUUAGUUGGCUAUCUCAUAAAAAGAAAAGAAGUUGAAUAAAGAAGAAGAAGAAGAAGAAGAAGAUGGAGCCAACAAACCAGAAGUUUUUGGAAAGAGUUGUUUCACAAAAAGCUCUGCAAAUGGGAAGUUCAUUCCCAUGCCAAAUUUGUGUGGUGGGUUUUCUCUGUGGAGUUUGCCUCACUUCUUUGUUCUUGGCUGUUCUUACUUCUGUUGGUACCUUUGGCUUUACUGGGAUUUCAUUUUCAUCCUUAUCAAUGGGGAAUUCUCCAUUGAAUUCAAGUUCUGAGAUUAGCAAUGUUAUUACAAGUUCGGACUACCAAUCUAAAGUAAAAGAAACCGCGAGAUGGGUGGAUUCGAAGGGAAGGGAACCGGAGAGCGAUGAUGAUGAGAGGGUUUCUUUAUUGACUGAAGCAUGGGGUGCUUUACUAGCUGACAGGGAACCUGAAGAAAGCGAGUUCUCGAAAAGAUUUGGACUCAGUAAAUCAAGUUUACCGAAUACUCCUCAUUUGGAGAACUGUAAAUUAAGUGCACAAGUGAAUAAGCGUCUCGACACACGUUCAGGAGCUGGGAGAUUUCCUCCGUGGACAACUUGGAAGGGUUCGUUGAACAUGUAUCCUGCAACUGAAACUGAUGAGAAUUUAAGAAGCUUUAAGAAUCAACCUGUCUCUGAUGGUGCUUAUCCUCCAUGGAUUGUGGGAUCAGAUGAAGAAAACUAUCCUCUUACCAGGAAAGUGCAAAGUGACAUUUGGAUACAUCAGCAUCCGGUAAACUGCCAUGAUCCUAACAUAAAAUUUCUUGUGGCUGACUGGGAAAAAUUACCUGGAUUUGGCAUCGGGGCUCAGCUUGCUGGUAUGGCAGGGCUUCUUGCUAUUGCAAUCAAUGAGAAAAGGGUGCUUGUUACUGGAUACUUCAAUCGUGCUGACCAUGAUGGUUGUAAAGCAUCGCGCGGUAGUUGGUCUUGCUACUUCUUCCUAGAGACAUCCCAGGAAUGCCGAGACCGUGCAUUUGAGCUUAUUACCAACAAGGAGGCAUGGGAAAAGGGAACUAUAAAAGGAAAAGAUAGUUAUAAAUCAAAGGAAAUAUGGACAGCGAAGGUUCCGAGGGUAUGGGGUGAUCCUUGGAGUUAUUUGCAGCCUACAACAGAUAUAAAUGGAAGUUUAAUUGCUGUUCACCAUAAAAUGGAUCGAAGGUGGUGGAGAGCACAGGCUGUUCGAUAUCUAAUGCGAUUUCAAACAGAGUACACUUGUGGUUUAUUGAACGUUGCUCGCCAUGCUGCAUUUGGGAAAGAAGCUGCAAAAAUGGUUCUUGCAAGUAUUGACAGAGAUUGGCCAAAGGUGAUCACGAACCAGCCAAAGUCAGAAAUUGAAGAAUUUGUGUGGUCAAAUCAUAGACCUUGGGUUCCUCGGCCGUUGCUGAGUAUGCAUGUAAGAAUGGGAGACAAAGCAUGUGAAAUGAAAGUGGUCAAAUUUGAAGAAUAUAUGGAACUUGCUCACCGUAUUCAGAUGCAUUUUCCACAUCUCAAGAACGUUUGGCUCUCCACUGAAAUGCAGGAAGUGAUUGAUAAAACGAGAUCAUACCCUCAUUGGAACUUCUAUUACACGAACGUGACACGUCAAGUCGGGAAUGUAUCGAUGGCUACAUACGAGGCAAGCCUUGGAAGGAAAACCAGCACGAAUUACCCUCUUGUUAAUUUCUUGAUGGCAGUUGAAUCGGACUUUUUUAUCGGGGCAUUGGGAUCGACAUGGUGCUUUCUUAUAGAUGGCAUGAGGAACACUGGUGGAAAAGUAAUGGCAGGGUAUUUAAGCGUCAACAAGGACAGGUUCUGGUAGAGAAACCUGGUUAACUGUAGGCAUGUAGUAUUAGAUCAACAAUGUACAGCUAUUAAGUUUGUUCAUGCAUGCCAUUUUUCAAAUAAUAUUGUGUUUCUUUGUACAUAUUUAAAUGAACAAAGAGAUCACUAACAACGUAUCUACCACAAAAAUUAGACAAAGUGAUUGGAUAGGUUUCAUGUUCCAA